GCGACCGAGCGGCGGCCGGCGCCGGGAGAGCCGAGAUGGACAGGUACCAGCGGGUGGAGCGGCCGCGGCCCGAGUCCGCCAUCGCCGAGAACGAGAUCCGAAUCACCGCCCAGGGGCUUAUCCGCAACUACGUCUCCUACGCCACAUCCCUCCUCCAGGAUCGAAAGAUUAAGGAGAUUGUUCUGAAAGCCAUGGGACAGGCAAUCAGCAAGUCCGUUGCUGUCACAGAGAUUAUCAAGAAAAGGAUCCCUGGGUUGUACCAAGACACCAACAUCAGUUCUGUCAGCAUAACUGAUGUCUGGGAACCUAUUGAAGAAGGCCUUGUCCCAUUGGAGAUGACUCGACAUGUUUCAAUGAUUUCAAUAACUUUGUCUCCAGUAGAUCUGGACCAAAACUCUCCAGGGUAUCAAACCCCAUCUUAUGUUGAACAGCCCAGGCAACAGCAGCGCCUUCAGCAGGCGCCACCACAGCUGCGUCAACCUCGCCAGCCGCCAGCUGAUUAUGAAGACUCCUAUGCUCGGGGUCGUGGCAGAGGAAGGGGCCGAGGACGUGGUAGGGGUUGGGGUAGAGGAGGUUAUGGUGGAUAUGGAAAUAACCAAGGCGGGUAUAACCAGGGAGGGUACAACCAAGGUGGAUACAAUCAAGGUGGAUACAACCAAGAUGGUGGGUACUAUGAUAAUGGAUACAACCAAGAUGGUGGUUACUAUGAAAAUCAAGGUGGAUAUGGUGGUGGAUAUGGCUACAACCAAGGCCGAGGAAACUACCAAGAAAAUGGUGGAUAUAAUCGAGGACGGGGUGGUAUCCGUGGAAGAGGCAAUUGGAGUUACCGUGGGGGAUAUGAACGUGGCAGAGGUGGUGGUGCUCCAGGUGGGAGGGGAUAUGAAGGUGGAAGGGGAUAUGACCAAGCUCCUGCUGGAAGGGGCUACGGAGGUGGAAGGGGAUAUGACCAAGCUCCUGCUGGCAGGGGUGGAUAUGAAGGCGGAAGGGGAUAUGACCAAGCUCCUGCAGGGAGGGGUGGAUAUGAAGGCGGAAGGGGAUAUGGAAGGGCACGGGGAAGAGUAGCUCGUGGGCGAGGGUACUGAGCAAAGGCAGAAAAUCCAUGGGCUUCUGGUUUCUAUUU